CUAGAAUGUAACUAAAGGAUAUUAUUAGGAGAUACCGAGGAGAUUAAUGCUAUUCAAGGUUCUUAACGUUACACCUCAUUCCAUCGCGGGGGAGGUCUUAAACAUAAAUACCAGCGACCGCCCUUCGAACCACAGAUGAUGAACUUGAAGAUUGUGGUACCAGCCUUACUUGGUAGUUGAAUUCAGGCAUUCGGUUUCAAUAUGCAUAUUCCCCGCGCCGUAACAGCGGCGUCCGCUGCCGCGGCAGCGCCCCGAUUCGCUAUGUACUACGAUCAAUGGCACACUGCUUCUCCUACUAAGGACCAAACAGCAGGUAUCACACAUGUUAUUACCGCCUUCGCUAGCACGACUCUUUUCACAAGCGAUCCGCCCGGAACGUACACUCCCUUCACGGAUGUGGCUACGCUCCGAUCACAAUUCGCCGAUGGAACCAAGGUUUGCAUGGCAAUCGGUGGAUGGGGUGACACGGCUGGUUUCUCAGUCGGUCAGAAGGAUGAUGCCUCAAGGAAGCUGUACGCUAAGAACGUCGCAUCUACUCUUGACAGCCUAGGAUAUGACUGUGUCGAUGUUGACUGGGAAUACCCUGGAGGAAACGGUGAUGACUACAAGACAAACCCCAACUCGGGCAAGACCGACGAGAUCGCCAACUACGCCUUACUUCUACAAGAGAUCAAGUCCGCAAUCGGUGACAAGGAGCUUUCCAUUGCCGUUCCCGGUCUCGAGCGGGAUAUGAUUGCGUUCACCUCGGAGCAAGUUCCGAAGAUCAACGCCGCCGUCGACGUCGUCAAUGUCAUGUCUUACGAUCUGAUGAACCGUCGGGACAACCAAACCAACCACCACACCUCAGUCAAGGGCUCCCUCAACACCGUCGACAAGUACAUCUCACUCGGCAUGGACGCAGCGAAGAUGAACCUCGGCUUCGCCUUCUACGCGAAGUGGUUCAAGACCCAAGGCGAAUGCACGCAGCCGAUCGGAUGCCCCGUCGUGGCUCUCGAAGACGCAAACGGCGGCGACACAGGUCAAUCCAGCGCCGUGACCUUCAAAGAGGGUCCUACUGUGCUAUCUAGCGGUAAGGCUGAUACCGAUGAGGGCGGUCAGUGGUUCUGGGAUAGCUCCACUAGCUACUUCUGGACUUGGGAUACGCCCGAUUUCAUUGCCCAGAAAUUCGAGCAGAUUGUUAAGGCCCGUGGUUUGGGUGGCGUUAUGGCUUGGAGCUUGGGUGAGGACUCUUCCGACUGGACUUAUGUCAAGGCACUCCAGACUGGAUUGGCUACUCUAUAAGUUCUUGGAUGAUAUCCCUUAAGAGAGGGAGAUUGCAUACCGCUUCAUUGUAUAUACCUUUAGUUGAGACAUCAAAUGUUGAGUCUCUGUACAUAGCAAAUUCAUCGAGGUGAAGUU